AGUGAAACCAUAUAGUCUAUAGAUUCAUUUCACAUAGAGUGUUAGUCAGUUGUUUAUCUCAACCAAUUUUGGUCAUGAAACCCCAAAAUUCAGUUUCUCAGAAAAUUCUCACGUUAUAGAAGACCAAUAAAAAGAUCCUUGUUGCAGUGCUUGGAGGUAAGCAAAAAAAAAAAAAAGAUGUUCUAUUUGUCCAGCAAAUUUCAAGUGAAUUUCAAGCUUUGUCAUGGUUAUUGAACCCCACGUUGAUAUAUUUAGUAAUGUGGGUGGGGUACAGAGUCCAGGUGGGAUGAAAUCUACAUUUUCAUGUAACUGAUCAGCCAAGGAAAGCAUGAAAUGACCUUCUGGUAAAUUUCUCUACCGACACGUUGACGUAAUAACCCACCGUGAACCAGAACCAGCAGAUAACACCGUCCUCUUCUUCUUGAUUCUGCUUAAUAUCCAAAUCCAAAAGAUUUAAGAUUACCAAGUUGCAAUGCAGUCCUUUUAGUUUUUAACGCAUGUAAGGCACUUCGUCCCGUGUCUCUGGUUCAGGAGUGGAACAUGUCACUUAAUUGAGCUUAGUUUCACUAUCAAAACCUUUUUUUUCCAUUAAACUUUCCACUAAAAUGCUUGAAUACGGACUUUUAUCAACACACAGCUUUUUACCAACAACCUUUUGGAGCUUUCCCUGCUAGUGGAGGAAAACUCUAACUGUGAAAAACCACAAUGUUGGGGAAUGCGUUUAGUGUAACCCAUAAUAAUCAAAAUUCAUUUAAAUCCCCAUAUGGUAUGUUGUCUCUUUACCUCAUGGAAAGCAUUGACUUUUGAUGUUGUUUAAACCAACUGGAAUAAAGGUGAUGUAAUAAUACGAGGGCAAAUGAAAAACAUGGAGAAAAAAACUGUGAACAAAAAAAGAAACAAUGCCCCUCAGAAAAGCAGAACCAGGAUAAAUAAAUGCCUUUUACAUCAACAAAAAGUUAUGAAACAUAAAAAAAAGAAGUACAAAAGAACGGUGGAUGCGUUCACAUCUUCUGCUGAAAUUGAAAUCCUUCCUGUAGGUCACAUGGAUGCGGGUGGGAGCACCUGCUCUCUUAACACAGCACUUUUUUAUGUUAAUGACCCGUUCAAGCACUCCCCACCCCCCGGGCUUGCUUUCAUAGUGCAACACCUUCAGCUGAGACAGUCUCUGCAGGGACACAGGUCACUGUAACUCUUCCUUCCUCAGAGGUUUCCACUCUCUCUGCUGAAAUGAUCUGGACCACUGUGCUCCUCGGUAGGCUGUGCGUCCUCCACAUUGCCCUCCUUCUCUUAGCCGAGGGGAACAGCAGCAGCAGCAGCAGCAGCAGCGGCGGUCCCUGGGGAAGGACGGUCACUUUCCGGCGGGACAAACAGGCCCCACGCCUCCAGAGGGACACCAGCAGCUCCACAGACUCUUCGAACCCUUCUCGAGAUCCUAACUUCGCCUCCUGCCGGCUUCCCCUCACCCCGACCGAACACAAGAUUCUGGAUGAUAACACACAGGAGACAGGGUUUAAUGGUGAUGACGGCUCCCACGUGAUUCUCACAUGGGUGGGCGAUGGUACAGGAGUGAUCCUGGUGCUGUCGACAAUCAGCGCUCCGCUUGAUUCUUACCUGGCGGGAGGCUCAUCUCGACUUUACCGAAGCACAGAUUAUGGCAAGUCCUUUCACGAUAUCUCCCACCGUAUCAACCACACCUUCAUCAAAGAGGAGCUUGGAAUCAGUGUUGGACCAGGGAGCUCAGUGAUACUGACUGCAGACACACCCAUUGUGGACAACCCUGGAGGGAUCAUCUUCACUUCUAUGGAUGCUGGAGCAACUUUCAAAUCCACCCAGCUGCCCUUUCACCUGGAUCAGUCCAUUACUUACCACUUCUUCAACCCCGACUACUUGGUGGCCCUUAGCAUAGACGACGGUCUUUGGCUCUCGCUGGACUUUGGUGCUAGAUGGACAAAAGUUCACGAGGGAGUGCAUUCUUUCUCAUGGGGAGCAGGCACAAAUCUGUUCUUCAGCUGCAGCCGUGUUGAUGCAGUUGAAGCAGAAGAAAGAGGAGAUUUAGUGUUGAAGAGGACGAGGGAUUUGGGGAAGACCUUCACCAUAAUUCACGAGGACGUCUUCAGUUUUGGCUACAUUGGAGCCUUUCUCUUCUUCUCUGUGAUGGAGGACCCGAGGUCUCCUCGUGUCAUGUAUUUUUCAUCAGACCAAGGAGAGACCUUCAGUCAGGCGCUUCUGCCUUCUGCGUCAACAGAGCAGUUUUACUCCAUCCUGGACGGAGACGAGGACAUGCUCUUCAUGCAUGUGGACAACCCAGGAGACACCUUCUUUGGAACUAUGUACACGUCAGAUGACCGUGGAAUAUUGUUCUCCAAGUCGCUGGAACGACAUCUCUUUGAUGGACACAGGAAGAGCGAUUUCACCAACAUCACCUCACUGAGGGGAGUUUAUCUAACUAAUAAACUAGAUAUCGAUGGUCGAAUAAGAUCUGUCAUUUCCUUCAACAGAGGAGGAACAUGGAGGCAACUGAAGAAACCCCAGAAUGUGAACUGCGCAGACAAUGUUAAGCGUUGUAACCUUCACAUUCAUGGAGAACACAGUCGUAAAAACCGAAUAGUUCCAAUGCUUGCUCUGUCUGAGCCAACUGCCAUUGGUCUCGUCAUUGCUCACGGCUCUGUGGGUGAUUCUCUAUCAUCAUCUCAGCACCCAGAUGUGUUUGUUUCCUCGGAUGGGGGGUAUAACUGGAUAGGGACCCUUAAGGGCCCUCACCACUACAGCAUACUAGACUCUGGGGGUCUCAUAGUGGCUGUGGAGGUUCACCGUGAAGGACAAGUCAAGACCAUCAAAUUCUCCACUGACGAAGGCCAGUGCUGGAAGUCGUAUAACUUCACUGAGCAGCCCUUCUUCUUCGCAGGCCUGGCCUCUGAGCCAGGCACCAAGGCCAUGAAUGUCAGCGUGUGGGGCUUCAGGCCAGAGGAAGACGGUCAGCCGAUGUGGGUGGCUGUCACUAUCGACUUCCAGAGCCUCAUUACCAGAGAAUGUAAUAAGAAGGACUAUGAAGAGUGGCUGGCUCAUUCUACAGACAAAAGGAACUCAGAGAGAAAUGGUUGUGUCCUUGGUAUGAAGGAAACCUACAGGAGGCUGAAGAAGCAGUCUGUGUGCAGAAAUGGGCGAAACUUUGUGGUCACCAAGAAGCAAAUCCCAUGUCCAUGCACCAGAGAGGACUACUUAUGUGACUAUGGCUACUAUCGUCACGUGAACACCUCGGAGUGUGUGAGACAGCCAAAUACUCCAAACAAAACCUUUGAGAUGUGUCUGAAUGGAGAGGAGGAUGAGCUUCUGACUGCUGGGUACCGAAAAGUCCCAAGUGACAAGUGUCAGGGUGGGUUCACUCCUCAGGGUGUGGUGCAGACAAUCAUCCGACCAUGCGGGGUUAAGCCCAGCCCUGACCCUUCAGCUAAGUCCACAUCAGUUGGACACUUUGACACACCAAAAGAAAGGCUUGUCCUGAUCCUGGUGUCUGUAGGAGCAGCAGUUAUUGUUCUAGUGGCUGUCGUCUCUGCAGUUCUUGUUGUCAAGAGAGGUGUUUAUAGGACCAGGAUGCCAGCGUAUCGUUUCUCUAACCUUCGCAUGCAGGAUGAUAAUAAUGACAUCACAGCAGAGCUCGGGAGUGCUGCCAGCAGCAACGGUACGGCUUGCCAGCACGACUCCGAUGUGGAUCUUCUCGAAUGACGCAUGGCUGAAACUGAAGAAAAUGAUAAUUGAAAUUGGUCCCACAGAAGACAAAAAACCCCUGCUCUAACUACGAAUGUAAAAAUCAUAAAAAUAAUAAUUGUUAACUUAUUAAGUUCAACUAUUUUGUGCCUUGUGUACAUUUUCUUUAUUUGUACAGUAUUUUUCUAUUCUAUUUUAUUGACCGUUUUGCAAAUAUUUCAGCUUUAAACUGUAAAAACUCUUAAAGGUUUUAUUUAUGUCUUUACCUUUUUGCUAUAUUUAAUGCUUUGAAAUAUUGUUGCUCGCAUUGGAUACCCUCCUUCACAGAAAGAAAACAUUCCAAGCAAUAACACGUGUCGAAUGUACCAAGAAGACCUGCAGGGGGCGUUGCGACAUGUUCCGUAUUUCUCAAAACAAGCGAGAAAAUACAGGAAGUUGGUUAAAACAAAGAUUUUGUUCGACAGAUGCAUCACUCGUAUAGGGACGUUUAUUUGGAUUGAAUUUUUUUUCUCAGGGAUUUAGAUUUAGGGCCAAUAAAUAAAACAUUUUUAAAUAAUAUGCUCAGCAAAUUAUUUAAAUUCCUUUCUUUAAAAAAAAAAAAGGUUUAUUCAUUUUGAUAACUGCUCUUGCUGAGAACAUAUAUAUAGUUUUUAAAUUUGAUACAAAAAACCAACUUUCUUUUUGUGAAUAUUUUUAAGUCAGUGUUUUCAGACAGUUAUAUAAAUAGAGUAAAAGGCUCAUACUUGUGAAGCUGCUGCUAAACGGACUCUAAUAGAAGAUUAAUUGAACUUCUUAUUUAUUCUUCAUACAUUUUUACCAUAUUUUAUAUCUUUAUUGAAUAUGUUAAAUGUUGUGGAAAAUAAGUGUUUUUUCUGUUCAUUUAGGAAUUUUUUUUACAACUAGAAUUUCUUUUUUGAUGGAUGUUUUUGCACUAGCUUCACGCAUGAAAAAGGAGAAAGGAAAUAGGAACAAAAAGCGAAUAUCUUGUUUUUGUAACUGACUGAAAAUACCCUAAUGUACAAGACCAGCCAAAUAAAAAUAAUAAUAAAAUACU